GCCCAGCGGGCGGGGCGCGCAUUCUCCCGGCCUGUGUGUAGCUCGGCGGCUGCAGACGCGGCGGCGGCGACGGCGGCAAGGCAGGUGGCGGCCCCGGGAGCGGCAACAUGAGCGGGUCGCAGAAUGAUGACAGAAGGCAAUUCCUGCUGGAGCGGUUGCUGGAUGCAGUGAAGCAGUGCCAGAUCCGCUUUGGAGGGAGAAAGGAGAUCGCCUCAGAUUCAGACAGCAGGGGAGGAGGGCUGGUGGUUUAUCAGCUGAGAUCAGAGCCCGUGUUCUGGGUCUACGUGAAGGAGGUCCUCAACAAGCAUGAGCUGCAACGCUUCUACUCCCUGCACCACAUCACCGCGGAUGUUGGCCGAGGCCGGGCCUGGCUGCGUUGCGCCCUAAAUGAACACUCCCUUGAGCGCUACCUGCACAUGCUGCUGGCUGACCGUGCCAGGCUCAGCACAUUCUAUGAAGAUUGGUCUUUUGUGAUGGAUGAAGAACGGUCCAGCAUGCUCCCUACCAUGGCAGCUGGUCUGAACUCCAUACUCUUUGCAAUUAACAUUGACAACAAGGAUUUGAAUGGGCAGAGCAAAUUUGCUCCCACUGUCUCUGACCUCUUAAAGGAAUCAACACAGAAUGUGACAUCUUUGCUGAAGGAGUCCACACAGGGCAUGAGCAGCCUUCUCAGGGAGAUCACAGCAUCCUCUGCUGUCUCCAUUCUCAUCAAGCCAGAACAGGAGACUGACCCUCUGCCUGUCAUAUCCAAGAAUGUCCAUGUUGAUACCCGAUGUAAAAGGGAGCGGAGAAGGAGGAAGAAGGUGACCAACAUUGUCUCUUUUGAUGAUGAUGAGGAAGAGCAGGGCACUGGGGACACUUUGAAAAAGAUGCCUGGGACUGCCGAAAGCUCGGAGGAGAACUCUGACCGAUCCUCCGUCAACAUCAUGGCAGCCUUUGAAGGCCCCUUUGGGCCAAAUUCCAAUGGGAGCCAGAGCAGCAACUCAUGGAAAAUUGAUUCUGCAUCUUUGAAUGGGGAGUUGGGCUACCAGAAGCUUGACGUGAAGAGCAUUGAUGACGAUGUGGAUGAGAAUGAGGAGGAUGUGUACAGGAACCCGUUAGGAAGAGGACACACAGGCCACGCAGAGUCACCAGACAGGACACUGGAUGGGAACGCCUGCCUCCCCCAGGUACAUGGCUGGGCCCCACUGCAGGUGCUUCAUGGAGAUGCUGAUGCUGACACUGAUGUCCUCUUUCCUGUCAGUGGAGUGAGCUCCUAUGGUGCAGCAGAUGCCUCUGUGGGAAGUCUGGAGAAUGGAACAGGAACAGAGGACCACAUAAUCCCAGAGCCUGGCCUUCGGUACAGGGAGGCCAGUUCUCCAGGUCGAGGAAGUCCUCUCAGCAACUUGUUGCCUUCUGCCUCAGUGCCUGAGUCCAUGACAGUCCAUGAACUGCGCCAAGCCAUCGUGGCCAUGAUGAACAGAAAGGAUGAAUUGGAAGAAGAGAACGGGUCACUGCGGAGUCUCCUUGAUGGUGAGAUGGAGCACUCAGCAGCGCUCCGGCAAGAGGUGGACGCCCUGAGGAGGAAGGUGACAGAACAGCAGGAGCGCCAUGCCACAAAGGUCCAGGCGCUGGCCAGAGAAAACGAGGUGCUCAAAGUCCAGCUGAAGAAAUAUGUAGGAGCUGUCCAGAUGCUGAAAAGAGAAGGUCAAACAGCUGAAGUUGUACCUAGUCUCUGGAAUGUUGAUGCAGAAGUCACAGUCCCUGAACAGAAGCCUGGGGAAGCUGCUGAGGAACUAGCAAGCUCCUACGAGAGGAAGCUCAUUGAGGUGGCCGAGAUGCAUGGGGAGCUGAUUGAGUUUAAUGAACGUCUACACAGGGCCCUGGUGGCCAAGGAAGCCCUGGUGUCCCAAAUGAGGCAGGAACUGAUUGACCUCCGAGGCCCGGUGCCUGGAGAUUUGAGCCAAACAUCUGAAGACCAGAGUUUGUCGGAUUUUGAAAUAUCAAAUCGGGCACUGAUCAAUGUCUGGAUCCCCUCUGUGUUUCUCCGAGGCAAAGCAGCCAAUGCGUUCCACGUGUACCAGGUCUACAUUCGGAUAAAAGAUGAUGAAUGGAAUGUGUAUCGGAGGUACACGGAGUUCCGGGGGCUGCACCACCAGCUGCAGAGUACUUUCCCGCAAGUAAGGGCCUACAGUUUCCCACCCAAAAAGGCCAUCGGAAACAAGGAUGCCAAGUUUGUGGAAGAGCGCAGAAAACAACUCCAGAGCUACCUACGCAGCGUCAUGAACAAGGUCAUCCAGAUGGUGCCUGAGUUUGCUGCCAACCCCAAGAAGGAGACCCUGGUACAGCUGGUGCCCUUCUUUGUGGACAUCACCCCACCUGGAGAACCACUGAACAAGAGCAGCAGGCCCAAAGUAGUUUCCCGCUUCCCUAAGCUGUCCCGAGGACACCCCAGGGAGGUGCGCAACGUGGAGCCUCAAAGUGGUGACCUCUGACCUCAGUGGACUCUCAGCCCCCAGCCACUUGUGCUCAACCUUGCCAUGGCAGCUGGCCCUGGAAACCUUGGCAGGAUGACCAUGUCCCCACAGAGAACACACCCUCACUCUGCCACAUGCCACCCAAUUAAACUGGUCAGUUUUAGCUGCUGGGUCUCUGUCCUUAGAGCAAGGCAUUGCUCACUGGACAGACACAGAUGGGGACACUGUCACUACCCCCAGGGUGGCCAGGGAUGGUUGUCACCUCCUCCAGUUCUGCCAACAGGACAAUGGGUGCCAGGCUGGGCCCAGACCUCUGGCUGAGAUGCACGACACAUGGCAGAAGGAUCCUUCAGACUCCACCUAUGACGCUUUCCCACAUGGGAACUAGAAUGACUGUUACACCCUUGAAUUUCCUGAUGCAAGUGCCCACUGCAGCCGGUGGAUGGGGUCUCCUUUGCUGUCUUCUUCCCCCUAUGGUGCUUAGACACCAACAGCACUGCUGCGCGCCUGCUAUGGAUGUGAUUUCGCCAUCACGUGGCCUAGCAAAGGCAGUGUGACUUUACUUCCUGAGGAGCUCAUCCUUCCCUCCUCGUGCUGGCUCCAGGAAGCACCAUCCAUAAAGGAAACCUGAGGCUGUCUCAGCAAGCACCUAGCUGGACCUGAGGGGUCCACCCUCCAGCACAGCCCUCAGCAGCAGCCUGAAAACUCUGGCCCAAGAAUUGGUGGCUGUGACCUCAUGUCACUAGAGAUUUGGCUCUGGGCAUUGCUAUGGAAGGCUCUGAGACCCAGGGCCAGAACUGAAAAGAGAAUGAUUGUCCCCUGAACGUGUUUAGCACCAUCUGUCCCCUAACAUCUCAGUGGGAGCAGAAUGCUGUGUCCCCACAAAAUGUCGUAUACUGCUCUCAUCUCAGGGUCCCAUUGUAGAGUCCAGUGCUCUCAGGCAUGGAGUGGAAUAAGAUCCAGCUGCUUUGCAGCUCUGCCUUCCUCUUCAUCAAGCCUGGGUCCCCCCAAUUCUCAGAACCCACUGUCCAUGGUGGUCUGUCUCCCUAGGUCAGAACCUCCUUGCUGUCUUCGUGCAGUAUGGAGGAGCUUGCCAAAGGGACCAUGUACCAAGCAGUGUGCACUUCUCUGCCUGCCAAGAAAGAAGUUCACAGUGGCGUCUACCAAGGGGCAACUAUUUACAUGGUGUGGGAGGUAGCCUGAGCAUGAACUCAAGGGCUGAAGCUCAAAGCUAGACCUUGGCAAGUGUCUGGGGAAGCAGAGUUUUCCUGGCACCUUAGAAAAUUUGGGGAAAGUCCCCUAUAAGCCAGAGGGGACUUCAGAGUGCAGGGAGAGGCCUGGACAGCUCCAAUUCUGGAGGGCACCUUGAGACAGACAAGUGGGCUGUGCACAACUGAGGCAGAGCGUACCUGUCCUCCCUCACGGCUAGGGGCAGGAGCUGGAGGGAGCAGGGCGUACCUGUCCUCCCUCAUGGCUAGGGGCAGGAGCUGGAAGGAGCAGGGGAACCCUUUUCAGCUUGCUGGGAAGGGAGUAUCUAAGAGGCUUCUCAGCCCUAGAAAGCCAACAUGGUUCCUCAUUUGUCUGCCUAAGAUGCUUCAGGCUCCACACAAACUCUACACCCAGACUGCCAGUUGGGCAAAGAGAAGCAUGCAAAAAGGCCCUAUGAAGCUUUGGCAGCCCAAGUCCACCUUCUGAGCUGGGGGAGUCAGCAUGGGGCUACUUCAUAUUCUAUCAUGUUCUGUACAGACAGGAUCCUGCUACAUCUCCCACAGCAGCUCUUUGGGACACCUGGCCUAAACACGUGUCACUAAGAAUCUGGGCUCUCUCACUGCAAACAGGGCAUAUAUAGAACCAUCUUUCAUAUUCAGCACUGGCAGUUAAAGCAGGGAAGGAGGGAGGGAGGGAGGGAAGGAGGGAAGGGAGGAGGGUGGUAGGGAGAGAGGCAAGCAGGCAGGCACCUGGACUUGAAGCCUUGGUUUUCUAGGAUUAAUUAUGGGGAAUUUGCCCAACUCUACCAUAAUGUUAAUAUAAAGGCUUGGUUCCAGAGACUUCGUCCUUGGGUUGCUUGACAUCUGUCUCCUACCCAAUCCUUUCCCCUAUCUUGGGAAUUGACACUAGGGCCUUGCAAGUGCUGGACAAAAGCUCUCCAGUGAGCCCCACUCUAGCCCUGCCCACACUCUACUUCCACAGAAACCCAACAAAUUCUUGCUUCCAGGUUGCCCACCUUAUACCUCACAAGAGCAUGUUGGGACUCAGGCAGAGCAGUGCAGGGCAGAGUCAUGUAAUGGAAGGCUAUUCCCACAAUGCUCCCCAGAUCUGAGGCUGAGUCCAGAGGGGAAGUGCAGAGCCGUGCUCACCUAGCCUGAUACAACCUCAGCUCUUCAGGAUACUGCUUCCUAACCCUCCUGACUGUGUCCGUAGCAUUCUUGUGGCUGCUCUAAGAGUUCACAUGUCUUGAGGGCAAGUCACAGUGUUCUAGGCCUUGGUUACUUUGUCAUCUAUCCCUGCUCCAUCUGUCUGUGUAAACUGUAGACACAACUGGCCCCUGAGGAGAGGCUGGGCUCUGUUCUCCCAGGUCCACCACCAGAUUCCCUCAAGUUGGCAGCCUGCACCUGCAUCCACCCACCCAAUAUGCUCAGCUGAGGGGCUCCUGAGAGACUUAGCUCUUCUGCCAGCAGGACUGACACUCAGGAGCAGGCAGUCUCACCAUGGUGCCCUGUCCCUGACUGCUCUAUUGUCUGGGAAGCAUGCAAGAAGGAGCAGCCUCAUGCCCAUGGCCUGAUUGCUCAACAUUCCCACUAGAGACAUUGCUACCCACCUCAGAGCCAUGCCCUGGGAGCUGUGACCAGAAGGCAGGUGCCUCAUGAACAAGAUCUAUUGUAACAAACAUUCUUCAAACUAUUGUGCAUUAUUUCACUAAAGAUAGUGUUAAAGUGUUUUCUGUUUAGGUUGGUUUUGCUAACUUUGCACAACUGUAGCACUGCAUAGUUUAUUUAAUAUUUCUGUGCCAAAAAGUUCAGGCCUUGUUGCUGUGAUAUGCGGUCUCCAUUAUGCAUCUGAAGUAAAGUCUAGGCAGUGGAUGGGGAGGGGAGAGCAUGGUGGCAGGGCUGGAGUAGCUGCUGUGUGGAGUCCUGGGGUUCACUUCUCACAGGGCCAUGUUCUCCUGCCCUGAAGACAUCUGUUCACCAUCUGUUCCAGGGGGUGCCACCUACAGCCUGCUCAGCUCUGCCCCUACCAGGACGUGACCACUUGACCACAGGGAGGUUUGCUUUUUGUUUUUGUUUUCAUUUUCAUCAGUAGGACAUAUUGGGAAGAGCCAGCAAGAAUUGGGACAUGGGACAUGUGACAAUGGUUUGCACAGGAGCCAUAGGGUUGCUGAGCACCUGGGAAGAGGACCUGAGAGCCGGGACCUCCAGAGGAGUGAAGGCCCUGGUCUGUUAUCUCCAUCCACCCUGGAAAGGUCUCUUAAGGCUGCUCCAGCCCUAUGUCUGGAGCCUGCGGUGCAACAGCACAGAGAUCUGAGCAUGUGCUACCCUGACUCCCGUCUUACGUUAAAGUUUACACAAUAGAAUUUUUAAACAAAUAUGUUUAAUUUUCUAAAAUCUCUUGUAUUAAAUUUUUCUUUUGGAAUAAGCUGUGGAUUUUGUUACAAUCUGGUUGAGAAGAGCCUUUUCAGUGAGGGGAUUAAAAUGGCAUUUUCUAAA